UACUUGUUGGAAGCUCCCCUGGUGACGUUUCGGCGAGGCUCUGGGCAAGGCUGAGAGGGGCUUCGCCAAACGUGUCAACACGACCAAGGCGGUCCAAAGACGACGACAGCAGCUUUCGGGGAACAUCAAUUCUUUAUAAUUGUGUUUCAAGAUGGUGCGCAUAACAUUAGCGGCUGCAGCUAUACUCAGCCUUUCCUUAACACCGCACGUGGCCGCACAAGAUGACCCGUCAAUUCUACUUGGGGAGGUUGGACGAGCUUCAAACGAGAGCUUGCUAUGGGGCCCGUACAAACCCAAUCUAUAUUUUGGAGUGAGACCGAAGAUACCGAAGAGUCUCUCGGCGGGGCUUAUGUGGGCGAAGGUGGAUAACUUUCAAGAUGUGCAGCACAAUUUUAGACAUACAUGCGAGCAAAAUGAAGGGAUGGCGGGAUAUGGCUGGGAUGAAUAUGAUGUUCGCAAUGGCGGCCAGCAGACCGUCCAUGACGCGGGAAACAAGAUCGAUAUCACAACCUCCUUCGUGAAGAUUCCAGGUGGAAAGCAUGGCGGCAGCUGGGGAGUGCGGGUAAAGGGGACGCCUCGAGAAGACGCACCAGCUAUGUUGAUGACGACCGUGGUAUUUUAUGCUACAUUGGAAGGGCUUGGGAGCUUGGAAGUCGAGAACAAGCGCGACGAAUUGGGAUACGAAGGCGACGUAACGCUGAAGGGAAACUCUGCUGGACUUGGAGAAUACAAGUUACUCGUUACGAAAGGAGAGGGUCGCCAUCCAACGGAGACUCACGAUUCAUACAAGGAGAAGCCGCUGGACCGGACAAUGGUGCGUUCGAUGGCCGCUGCAGAGGAAAACCUAUGGCAGAUCAAGCCGCUCUUUUACCAAGAGUUGAAGGGCCAGAUCGAAGCAUAUGUGGAAAAAUACACAGUUGAGGCCAUGCCGCCGCCAUGGCAGGUCUAUACACUCCCCAACGAUCCGGGAGCUGGAAAUAUACAGAUGGUCCAGAAAGUAUUCGAGGGACCAUUCGAGUUCGAUAUCAUGUUCUCCAGUGGCUCAGCUACGAAGGAGGUUACCAGCGAAGAUCUUACAGAAGGGAUUGAAUCGGCGAGCAAGUCUUUCGUGGAGAAAUUCGGCGAUGUAUUUGACUUGAAGGCACCAUACAACGGACCUAAAUACGCCCAGUUUGCCAAGAGCAUGUUCUCCAACCUCUUCGGAGGCAUUGGGUACUUCCAGGGCGACGAAGUUGUCGACCGCUCUUACGCGCCAGAAUACGACGAGGAGAAUGAGGGUUUCUGGGAGGAGGCCGCCGAAGCACGCGCUAAGAAGAGAGAGCAGCUCGAGGGCCCAUUUGAGCUCUACACAAGCGUCCCCUCCCGACCAUUCUUCCCCCGUGGAUUCCUUUGGGACGAGGGCUUCCACCUCCUGCCUAUCGCUGACUGGGACAUGGAUAUCGCCCUCGAAAUUGUCAAGAGCUGGUUCAAUCUGAUGGACAGUGACGGCUGGAUUGGUCGCGAGCAAAUCCUCGGCGACGAGGCGCGAAGCAAGGUCCCUCCCGAGUUCCAAGUCCAGUACCCGCAUUACGCUAACCCCCCAACCCUAUUUUUCAUUCUCGACGCUUUCGUUGAACGUCUCUCGAAGCCAAACGAGUCUGCAAUCCCUGUGGAGGGAUCUCCCGGGCUGCGCCAGGCGGGCCUCAACAGCGCCCACACCGACAACCCUGAAGUCGCGAACCAGUAUCUCCAAGCAAUUUACCCGCUGUUGAAGAAACAGUACCAUUGGUUCCGCCGCACCCAAUCUGGCGACCUCGCGACGUAUGACAGAGAGGCGUUCUCCUCCAAGGAGGCCUACCGCUGGCGCGGCCGCACUGUGCAACAUGUCCUCACCUCUGGCCUUGACGAUUAUCCUCGUCCACAGCCUCCCCACCCUGGAGAGCUCCACGUCGACCUCAUCUCUUGGAUGGGUGUGAUGGCGAAGUCUCUCAAGAACAUUGCCACCUACCUCGGCGAGACCCAAGAUGUGGCCGAGUUCACGCGUAACGCUAACGGUAUCUUGCGCAACAUCGAUGAUCUGCACUGGAGUGAGAAGGAGAAGACGUUCUGCGAUGCUACUAUUGACGAGUUUGAGGAGAACGUCUUGGUGUGCCACAAGGGAUACAUUUCUAUCUUCCCGUUCUUGACUGGACUGAUUGAGCCAGAUAGCCCGCGUUUAGGCGCAAUUCUUGAUUUGAUCGAGGACCCAGAGGAGCUAUGGACUGAUUUUGGAAUCCGCAGUUUGAGCAAGUCAAACGAGUUUUACGGCACAGAUGAGAAUUAUUGGAGAGGUCCUAUUUGGAUGAAUAUGAACUACCUCGCUGUGCGAGAGCUACUCAAAAUCGCGCAGUCAUCCUCCCCUCAUGCCAAGCAAGCCGGCAGCAUCUACAGCCGUCUCCGCCACAACCUCGUCUCGAACGUGUACAAGUCUUGGAAGGAGACUGGAUUCGCAUGGGAGCAGUAUAACCCCGAAGAUGGACACGGGCAGCGAACCCAGCAUUUCACCGGAUGGACCAGCCUUGUGGUUAAGAUUAUGGCGAUGCCGGAGCUGGAAGCCGGGAAAGCCGGUGGCGACGAGAGCCACGACGAAUUGUGAGAAGCCAGAAGUUAGGCAAUCGAGUGGGCCUAGGUCCUCCGGUUUGUAUGAUAGCUACUGUGAAAAGUUCGGUGUUGUACAGCCUCUGAAAAUAGCUUCAAGAGUUUAUAGAGUGAUGCAUUCGUGACGACCAGUAACUAGAG